GACCGAGGCUGACUGCCAAUGCGGGGAUGGCUAACCCGGCUCGGAUAUACCGCUUAUGCCUCCUUGCUCAACAGCCCCUUCUAGAUAUCUCACUCCAGAGACUCUGUACGUAAUUACGGAGGCGUUCCCAAAUAAACACUAGGACAACAGCAAGAUGUCGCAGCUGUCUUCUAACCCAAUUCCAUUUUCGGAGCCGCCAUAUCUCUGCGGUCUCCCUUCGCCCUACUACUCGCCGGGCCAUCGUCGCUUUCAAAAAGCCUGUCGCGAAUUCUUCUGGGAACAUCUACACAGUCAUGCUGCCGAGUAUGAGAAGGCCGGACAGGUUCCCGAGCAUGUCUUCCACACAUUCUGCGAGCAUAACAUGCUACUCCCGAACAUCGGCGCACCCUUGCCCGUGGACUGGCUGAAGCGCUUGGAAAUCGCCGACAUCCUGGGAGUCAAGGUGGAAGACUGGGACUACAUGUAUACGGGAAUUUAUUUCGACGAGAUGGCGCGAGCCGGUAUGGCUGGGCCGGGUUCAUCACUGAACGCCGGAUUCAACUUUGCAAUUCCGCCUAUUCUGAAGUAUGGCAGCCGGCAUUUGCAAGAACGCUUUCUUCCGGAUCUUUUGACUGGUCGCAGACGCUGCUGUAUCGCGAUCACGGAGCCGGAGGCAGGCAGCGAUGUUGCCAAUAUCACCACGACAGCCACCAAGACGCCAGACGGAAAGUAUUACCUGGUCAAUGGCGCGAAGAAGUGGAUCACCAACGGGAUCUGGUCCGACUUUGCGACCAUGGCUGUUCGCACCGGUGGUCCGGGAGCGUCUGGUCUCUCCGUCCUGCUCGUUCCAUUGAAGGGACACCCCGGCGUCACGAUGCGCCCGCUCAAGGUCACCGGCCCGAUCACCAGUGGAACCACCUACAUUGAAUUGGACGACGUCAAGGUGCCUGUGGAGAAUUUGGUCGGCCGAGAAGGGGACGGCAUGCGAAUGAUCAUGACGAAUUUCAACCACGAACGCCUUUCGAUCGCGGUCGGCGUCACUCGCCAGGCUCGCGUGGCCCUGUCCACCGCCUUCCAAUACUGUCUAAAGCGAGAGGCUUUUGGCAAAACGCUCAUGGACCAGCCAGUUGUUCGUAACCGUCUAGCUAGGGCGGGCGCUGAGCUGGAAUCGUUGGGGGCCUUUGUCGAGCAGCUCCUUUACCAAUUGUGCCAUCUUCCCAAGGAAGAAGGAGAUCGCAAGCUGGGUGGAAUCACUGCCCUCGCCAAGGCCAAGGCGGGGAUGGUGUUAAAUGAGUGUGCGCAGUGCGCGGUUCUCCUGUUUGGAGGAGCCGGAUUGACGCAAAGCGGACAGGGCGAGCUGGUCGAGUCGAUUCUCCGAGAGGUCCCAGCUGCCCGGAUUCCGGGCGGUAGUGAGGAUGUUUUGCUUGACCUAGCCGUUCGACAAUUGGUGAAGGUCUAUCAGACGGGGGAGAAGAAGUUGAAGCAGUCGAAGAUAUAGUCUGGUUGGAUAUUAUUCUGGUAACUAAGGUGUAUACAGUACUAGUAUCAGUGACAUGUCAUAUUCAAUCGCAUUCUUGGCUGCCAACUUAUCUUCCUUGAGGCCUUGGAAUUUGCCAUUGUUCCAUUUGCUGCGGAAUCUUAUCAAACAUUGCGUUAUCUUCUGAUCUUGAUUUGCUGAACAGGCUACACGAGACUCCACUGAUCUGCUUUGCAAAACGAAUACCGGUCCUACUAGGGCUCUGGCUGAUAAACUUCGAUAGCGCCGGUAACUGUAAUCACGCGUACCAGCAAUGGCCACGCAGCUUCCCUGACUCGUCACACGCGGUACUUAUCAUCGGCCGAUCCGACACCUUAUCAGCACCAAGAA